AUGGUGCACCCUGACGCGGAUGGCGCCUGGAACUAUAACUCUGGAGUUAUCAGGCCUCGCAAAGGAAUUCAUGACGUCUGGUUAGCCCCAUAUGAGACGGCAGAGCGGCAAAGACGUCGAAAGCUCAUUCGACGCUUUAGGCUCGCGGCGCGACUCUGCCGUUUCAAGGAACGAGACAAGGAGCCUCUGGAGAAGCUCAAAGAGCUUUUCGCCGAGUCCACAACCGGGAUAGACAGACUCGUCGUCAUCGAGAACCGUUACCGUUUCUGGGUAUUCUGCACCGUCUACGUGGUCUUCUUCAUUCUUACCUUGUUCAGUAUCGGCAAGACUCUUCAGAAUCACUUCGAGCAUCGUGACAUAGUGUCCAUCUCGAUGUACGAGGGGAACACAUUGUUAUUGCCAGCCGUUACCUUCUGCAAUUUAAAUCCCGUGAGACGGUCUGCACUGUGCUCGGAAAUCGGGUCCUCCGAAUCGGAGCUCGAAAUAAAACGGGAACUGUGUGCUAAAUUAGGACCUAUGGACGUGGACGACGCAGAAAAUUUCACGAGGGACCAUUUCAGUUCAUAUAUGCAUUACAUCACGAAGCAGAAUGGAACUCUGCCACUGAUAGCUCACUCCAAAUCGGACAUGGUUCUCAACUGUACGGUGAAGGGUGAAAACUGCCUCGAUGACAGCCUUUAUCAUCCGAAACCAAACCCGAAGUUUGGGAUGUGCUAUUGCAUCUUUUGCGACGACGCCAACAAGACUAUGGUUUCCUACAAGGCUAGCAACCUGCCGGUUGACGGAUUGACAUUGGUGUUCGACACGGAAAAGCACGAAUACCUUCGAUCCACUCUGGAAACAGGUGUGAUUGUUAUGGUGCAUCGGCGUGGGGUGAAGCCCGACCCCAACGAAGAUGGCAUGUACCUGGCUCCGUACAUGACAACGUAUAUUGGAAUCGAAACGAGGAUAAUGGAACGCUUGCCAGCACCCUACAAAGACCGUUGUGUCCAGGGAUGGCCCAAGAAAUGGCUGCAGUACAUUCAUCAUGACAACACGUAUUUCCAACAGGUACGGCGGAAGCUGUGUUUCUCGGUGUGUGCCCAAGUAGCCAUCCGACAACACUGUCACUGCCACAGCGAGGAGCUCAUAUAUUUGGUGGACAACACUCUAUCAGCUUGCAAGGAGGACGAGAAGACAAAGAACUGUUCCGACACCAUAAUGGCAGACCUGGCCUAUCGGAGCUUGGAGAAGUGUGACUGCCCGCUCAAAUGCAGCCAAGAAAUAUACAAGACAUCCAUUUCAAGAACAGGUUGGGCUCAAAGGCUCGUGCAAAGAAAAGUCGACAAUGACCUCUUUAAAAGAGCAUUAGUGAAGGUCGUCAUAUACCUAGAAUCGGUCAUCGUCGAACGGAUCACGCAAGUGCCUGAAGUGAGCGAUGCCACCACGCUGAGCAACGUCGGAGGGUUCAUGGGCAUGUACCUCGGACUCUCCUUCCUGGUGAUCUUCGAAAUCCUGGAAAUACUGUUCCGCUGGGGAAUUUACCUUUGGAAACGACGCUACAAACCGCAGGACAGCAUCGCGGUCCCCCAUAGAGAAGGCGCCCGUGGAAAAUCUGAUGAGAACAAAGAGAAUUAUUUCCGCAAUCUCAGACUGGGCAGCAAUGCUAGAGUGAAGCCACUUGGCAUUGCGAAGCUAAGUGAUGGAGCACAGUACGGCUAUUUUGACUCAACGUACUGGAAGUCUGCAAUGGACAAGCACUAUGGGUCACUUAACUCGAGAGGUCUCUUUCAAAAGAUGCCACUAUUUCGAUAAAGCCACGCUGCUGGCUUUGAUCACCGCAACUACAUAUCUUUGUUUUUG